AUGGUGCUACGAAUGGCGAGACUACCUGACGAUGCCGACUACGAUGCGGGCGAAACAUCUGGGAAUGUACCACGUACACGGUCCUACUCUGGAAAUGAUGAUGCUUUCAAUGGACCCAGGACUAGGUGCGUUUCUUUAAGUCUUCCUACCCAUAUGACCGAGUUGCGAAAACAAGGUCAAACAACUUCCAAUAACUUAUGUAGUCGAAUUCUGUAG